ACCCAGUGAGGAGGAUUAAAGGACAGGCAGGCUGAGGUGUCCCGGCAGCUGUGAGCCUGCGCCGCCACCGUGCGGCUCUCUGUCCCAUCAACCGGAGCUCACUGCUGCCAGCAAACACCAGUCGGUCACGGUGGUCCAGGCACGGACACGUCAGGACGCUUUUCAGGAGUUUCACGGGCAAAGACAUGGGGACCGAGUGAAGACACAACCGCGUCCUUCGUCGGCAGCAUCUCGCUGAAAGUCACCGAAAGGCGGACACCAUGAACUACGUGGGACAGCUGGCGGGUCAGGUUUUGGUGACUGUCAAAGAGCUGUAUAAGGGCAUUAAUCAGGCCACACUGUCAGGCUGUAUUGAUGUUGUGGUUGUCCGCCAGAGAGAUGGCACCUACCAGUGCUCCCCAUUUCAUGUGCGCUUCGGAAAGCUGGGUGUACUACGCUCUAAAGAGAAAGUGAUCGACAUCGAAGUGAAUGGAGAGCCUGUAGACCUGCAUAUGAAGCUUGGUGACAAUGGAGAGGCCUUUUUUGUCCAGGAAUCUGAACAGCUGAAUCAGAUUGUCCCUGCCCACCUGGCCACCUCCCCAAUCCCCACUGAGAGUCAUUUGUUCUGGAUCUCUGAAGUGGAGCACAGGGCACCAAAAGAUCUGGAAGAUGACCCUGUUGAUCCAGAGGACCCACCUGAGCCCCCUGCGCCCAGCACCCAGGCCACAAAAAAGAAGAAAAGACGAAGAAAGAAGCACAAAGGAGACCCUCGUAGAGAGGAACUGACCCCACCAAUGUCAGUCACUACUGGUAAUGCUGUUGCUGCUAACACAUCCGCUGCUACAACUGCUGCUAUGUCCAGCACUGGGCAAAAUGAAGAGAUCUUUGAGAUGGACUUGAGCUCUGAUGAGGAGGCUGCAGCACAUGUCUCAAGGUCACCGUCAGUGACCACAAUGCGUGACAUUGACCCUAAAUUACCUGCAGCCAGACACAGUCUUGAUGGUUAUCCAAUGUCUGAUGGGGACUGGCCAGCAGCUGACAGUCAUGGAUUGUCUCAGGCCUUCUCCCCUAAGAGUGACUCAGAACUGGUGAUGAGGCCUUCAGAGAGCUUGCUCAGAGCUGAGUCCCAUAUGCAGUGGACCUGGGGAGAGUUUCCAGAAACAACCAGGGUCACCAAGAAAGAGAAACCAGAACUACUAAAAACAGUGACCAUCACCCCAUCAGAGAGCACACACUUUCGCGUCAUCCUCAGCUCUGAGGCCAUGGAAAAUGAGACGGAGAUUGAAAAGAAAGAAGGGGCCUCCACCUCAAUGUGUACCAUCGUGAAGCCCGAGCCACGCACUCCUAUUACCACUGUAACGCUUGUGAAUUCACUGUCACCUGUUAGUACUUUGACCUCUGUGAGUCCCGUCACUCCCCCAGAACCUCUGGAUGUCCUGCCAUCCAGUGUGACCACCUCCACCCCCUCUAACAGCCAACAGAGUGAUUCACCCUCAAAGAAGAAAGGUGUCCCAAAGAGGAGCCAGCAUCAGGGUCCUGAAGAUAUCUACUUAGAUGACCUGAAUGUACUUGAACCUGAUGUUGCUGCACGAUAUUUUCCCAAGAGUGAAUCUGAGGCAGCAACUAAGCACUGGAUGGACUCAGAGAUGCGCUCCGGUUCACAGUCUCCACAGUCGGUGGGUAGUGCUGCAGCUGACAGCGGGACAGAGUGUCUGUCUGACUCAGCCAGCGACCUCCCUGACGUCACCCUAUCUCUGUGUGGAGGGCUCACUGAAAAUGCUGAAAUAUCCAAAGAAAGGUUCAUGGAGCAUAUCAUCACCUAUCAUGAAUUUGCUGAAAAUCCAGCAAUUAUAGAUAACCCCAACCUGGUAGUAAAGAUAGGAAAUAGAUAUUAUAACUGGACGCUAGCUGCACCCUUGAUUCUAAGUCUACAAGCAUUUCAGAAGAAUCUACCAAAGGCUACAGAGGAGGCCUGGGUGAAGGAGAAAAUGCCAAAGAAGUCAGGCCGCUGGUGGUUCUGGCGAAAGAGGGCGGAUAGUACAAUCAAGCAGUCGGAGACGAAGCUUGAAACCAAGGAGGAGUCUCAUUUGGAAGAAGAAGGGCCCUCCAUAUCUCAGGAGACGCUGGCUUUACCGCCUAAAGUGGGAGACUCAUCCAGUGAUGAAGAGUCCAAGGAGGUGAGUGCCGUAUCCUGUCAAGAGAGGCUGCAUGCAGGAGACGUCCAGCACCAUUCCAGCGCGCACACUUACAGAAAGUCACUACGCCUGUCGUCUGAUCAAAUUGCCAGUCUAAAGCUGAAGGAGGGACCAAAUGAUGUGACGUUUAGCAUCACCACCCAAUACCAGGGCACAUGCCGCUGUGAGGGCACCAUCUACCUGUGGAACUGGGAUGACAAAGUCAUCAUCUCUGACAUUGAUGGCACCAUCACCAAGUCAGAUGUAUUUGGACAGAUCCUUCCACAGUUGGGGAAGGACUGGACCCACCAGGGCAUUGCCAAGCUCUACCACUCAGUAGCUGAGAAUGGCUACAAGUUCUUAUACUGCUCAGCUCGGGCUAUUGGCAUGGCAGACAUGACAAGAGGUUAUCUGCAGUGGGUCAAUGAUGGAGGCACCAUCCUGCCCCGUGGACCUCUCAUGCUUUCUCCCAGCAGCCUCUUCUCUGCAUUUCACAGGGAGGUCAUUGAGAAGAAACCAGAGAUCUUCAAGAUUGAAUGCCUUACAGACAUCAAGAACCUGUUCCAGCAUAACAAGCAGCCAUUCUACGCCGCCUUUGGGAAUAGAGCUAAUGAUGUGUUUGCCUAUAAGGAGGUCGGUGUUCCAGUGUGUAGGAUCUUCACAGUUAAUCCCAAGGGAGAGUUGAUCCAGGAGCAGACCAAGGGCAACAAGUCCUCUUAUGGCAGGCUCAGUGAGCUGGUGGAGCAUGUGUUCCCUUUGUUGAGUAAGGAGCAGAACGAGGCCUUCGUGAUGCCAGAGUACAGCUCUUUCUGUUACUGGAGACAGCCGAUACCCGACAUCAACCCCGAUGAACUGCUCUGAUCUUGCACUUACAGAUACACAGGUAUACGUGUACUUGUGAUUGAACUGUGCACUUGGUUGCAUCUCCUGAACACACAUGGACUGGAACCCAAAUUUUCUUCCAUAGUUUCAGACUCACACAACUCUUUAGUUAGUGUGACACAAUAACAGGGUUAUUACUAUAAAUACAUUAAGCUGGUAUCAUGUAUUUUCCUAUUAGAGAUGAGAGGAAGUUAUUACUAUAAGAGUAAAUCCUGAUGAAUAAUGUCCUAAAAGGUUUAUCCCUGGGAGACAAGAGACCGAUCACCACCUAAUGCCCGCCUGGAAUAGUGAUUGAAACCCAUCUUAUCUCUGUAAGUCUGUAACUUCUAGGUCUGUAAUAGCCAUGAGGAGAUCAACGGAAGCCCCACCGAGGCACUAGAGUCAGAGCAGAGCGGAGCACAGUGUUACCCGAUGCCCUGUAGAAAUGUCACGUUCAAAACACAAAAACAACACUGCUAAUUAAAACAGGACAUCUAAUUAACACCGGGCAGCAGCUAUGUGCUGGUCAUGUUUGCUGUGGCUGCUAUAUUUUCCUAGUUGAACAUAUCCAGCCCUUGAUUGGAGGCUCUGUUCUGUUGAAAACAGUAAAAUAGUCGUCGUGGCUGGGAAAUAACAGAUUAUACCAACUAAAUUUAGCAACCCACUGCAAGAACGCUACAGCUGGUGUUCAGUUUUCCUGACACUGCUGACUCCUGACUGACCGUGGUCACUGUAGGUAGAACAGAUUUCACAUGACCACGUUUUUCCCUGGAGAGGUUACGGCCUUCCCACUCAAUGAGUCACGUUGGGUAUGUUAAUAUUCAAGGUCAUACCAGGGAUAUUCUUUUGCCAAGUAUGCGAAGAUGCACAGUUCGUUGUGACUUAAAAACAAAUGAAGCAGCUUCAUGGUAUAUUGUCUUGCUCUUAUUUUAAUGUGUGUGUUUUUUUUUCUGUUAUACAGGCUCUGGCAAAUCAAGUGUGUUUUGUUAACAAUGCAGUCAUUAUUUAUGAUAAUUGAUAUGUUUAAGUUAUUGAUUUGUAUCGUGAUGCCUUUGCUUGUCUGAAAAAGUAAUUUAUCACCAAUGCAAUGUGGAAAUACUUCAAAUUUUGUAUGUUUGGUCACAGAUUAACACGCACUUAACAGUAACUGCUAAGCCUUGUGCAAUCUUUCUUUCGUCAUGUCUCCCACAACAACCUGUACUCCUUGUUUAACAGUAAACCGUUCAACAUGUCAGGCACAUAGACAUUCCUGAGCAAACCUCAGAAUCCGCAGCUUUAGUAUUAAAAUGUGUGUAAAUGUAAGAGAUAACGCUUGAGUUGGAACAGUGGAAAUAAGCAGAUCUGAGAGGAGCUUAAAAUGAAGGAUUUUCGUUUGCGAGGUCCUCUGUGGGACGACUGUGGGAUGAUGUAAAUGUGUGUGUGUGCGCAUACGUAAUCACUGAGUGCUGCUGCUGGUGGGGUGGCAGCAUCGUGCACCCCUUGCUUAUGUUCCCUCAGUGGCUUUACCAAGAUUUAUCCAAGGCACUUUGUCUAAGCUGCAUCCGCAGACGCAGACUUACAACUCAGCACACCUCUCACCCACAUGCACUUCACUGACGGUCUCAACAGACAGUGGACCACAGUAUGCAAUUAUUGCAGGACGGAGAAUUUUACGUCUUUGACAAAUCAGUUAUUCUGAAAUGUCGAUUUAAAUAAUGGUUGAAAGGUGGCUUUUAUUUGUUGUUUGCAAAGAGUGGGGAUGAAAAACAGAACGAUGUUUAUUUGGCCCACUGAAAAGACGUGAAGUAUCGCAGCCUCCCCUUCGCCUCAAUGUGUGUUUGUGUGCGCAAGAAGAAGAAAAGACUGAUCCGGUGCCUCUGGUGUCCGGAGGAAGAGAAAUUUGGAAACUUUGUUUGGAUAUAAACAGGAAAUACUUGACUCUGUAGAGGAAGCUUUUUGAAGUGCUUUCCUGGCAUAAUGUGUGUAUGAUUGAGGAAAUGACAUGAAUCCUACUUCCAACACAAGUGUAGCAGGAACACGAUAUGUGCUUGUGAAGACUAAAAGAGCAGGAGCAAGCAAAACCAUAAAACAAAAAAAAAAAAAGCACAAUUUAUGAUGACAGCUACAUCCAGACUGUCACUAUUAGUUGUCAUUAUUUCACGAUUGUUUUUGCAUUUGCUCUGUAGCUCUGAUGUUUUGUGAUGAUUAAGACGUGUGUCUUGCUCUGAUUCGUUUGCUUGUUCUCUACGAAGUUUGGUGAAGUCAAAUAGAUUUAUCUUAUAAUUAGCAAAAGGAAUUCCAUUCUUUCUAUGAAAGUAAAGCAUCUUGUGUGAAAGAAUCACACUUCAUCCUCUAUGAUCCUGGGAUAUGUGGUCUUUAUUGUUUGUUCUCACUCAAGUGCUGUGGAAACUUAUCUGGUAUAUAUGCUGAUCAUCAUAUUCUUCUGUCUUGAUGCCUUUUUGUUUUUAUUAUUUCUUCUAAAGUGUAUGAUCUUUUGUGAGACUACGUUUCGUUUUGUUUGGAUGUAACGCUUGCUAUUUGAUUGUGUCUGACCAACAGAAAUACCUUAAAUGUAUGCUGUGUUUGAUUUGUAUAGAAAUGUGUUUAAAGAACAAAGUCCAUUGUAAGAAGAAGAAGAAGAAAAAAAAAAGAGCAGGCCUAAUGAAGCUAACAAAGUGUGGCUCGUGGUCGUAUUUGUAUUAAAUAAAGUUUCUAACUGAAUACA